AUGCAGUGGCUCUUGAUGCCCAGAGUUGGCCGACGAACGUUCUUCAUAUGGGGCUUGAUCGGCGUAGGCACGUUCUUCCUGAUCGUUGGAGGACUUGGUGUGCGCCAAGCAAGCGCUCCAUCCUCCGGUCUGUCCUGGGCUGUGGGAGGUCUGCUGCUUGUGUCGGUCUUCAUCGUCGACAUUUCUGUGGCUCCGCUCUCGUAUACGCUGGUGUCGGAGAUCCCAUCCUCUUUGCUUCGAAAGAAAUCCGUGGUGAUUGCGCGCUUUUGUUACGCGACCGUCAACAUUGUAGCCAAUGUGUUAACACCAUAUCAGUUGAACCCCACGGCUUGGGGAUGGGGAGCACGCAGCGGAUCCUUUUGGGCGGGAAGUUGUGCUCUUUUGCUGAUCUUCACGUACUUUUUCGUCCCAGAGCCUAAGGACAGACCGAUUGCAGAGCUGGAUCUGUUGUUUGAAAAGAAAGUGUCGGCAAGGAACUUCAGCAAGCCCAAGUCCACAUAUCCGAGGGCACAGCGCACUAAAAUGCAGCUUGACAUCCUGAGAUCGGGUAGCGCGGAGGUUCGAAUACUUAGAGCAUAUCACUUAUUUGAUGAAGCAAAAAGUCAACGGGCGUCUCGCGGACCAGUCUGCUAA